GCGGGGCAGCAGGGGCUGGCGGCGGCGGAGCGGCGGCGGGAAGGGCUGUCCUAGGGUUCGGCGGCGGUAGGGACGAUGCCGGUCCAUUCCCGGGAGAAGAAAGAAAACAACCACGAUGAGAUGGAGGUGGACUAUGGGGAGAAUGAGGGAAGCAGCUCGGAAGAGGAGGAGACCGAGAGUUCGUCCGUGUCCGAGGAGGGGGACAGCUCAGAAAUGGAUGAUGAGGACUGUGAAAGGAGAAGGAUGGAGUGUUUAGAUGAAAUGUCCAAUCUUGAAAAGCAAUUUACAGACCUUAAAGAUCAGCUUUACAAAGAAAGAUUAAGCCAAGUGGAUGCAAAGCUACAAGAGGUCAUAGCUGGAAAAGCACCUGAAUAUUUAGAACCAUUGGCAGCUUUACAAGAAAAUAUGCAAAUCCGAACUAAGGUGGCAGGUAUCUAUAGAGAGCUUUGUCUGGAAUCUGUGAAGAACAAAUAUGAAUGUGAAAUUCAAGCCUCUCGACAACACUGUGAGAGUGAAAAGCUUCUGUUGUAUGAUACUGUACAAAGUGAACUAGAAGAAAAGAUUAGAAGACUUGAAGAAGACAGGCAUAGCAUUGACAUUACCUCAGAAUUAUGGAAUGAUGAGCUACAGUCCAGGAAGAAAAGGAAGGAUCCAUUUAGUCCAGAUAAGAAGAAACCUGUUGUUGUAUCAGGCCCCUAUAUAGUUUAUAUGUUACAAGACCUUGAUAUUCUUGAAGACUGGACAACAAUAAGGAAGGCAAUGGCUACACUGGGGCCACACAGAGUAAAGCCAGAACCACCUGUCAAAUUAGAAAAGCACCUACACAGUGCUAGAUCUGAAGAAGGAAGACUGUAUUAUGAUGGAGAGUGGUAUGGACGUGGACAGACAAUAUGCAUUGAUAAGAAAGAUGAAUGCCCUACAAGUGCCAUAAUUACAACAAUUAACCAUGAUGAAGUUUGGUUUAAAAGACCAGAUGGAAGCAAGUCCAAGCUGUAUAUUUCUCAACUACAGAAAGGAAAAUACUCAAUAAAGCAUAACCACAACUGACCAUUGGUAAUCUAUGAAACAAGUGGUAUUGCCAUGCUUGAUGUGCCAUGGGGUGAAAGUUGUAUUUAACAGUGUUUUGUAUUCCUUAUACAUUUACAGCAGUAUCUGAUGUGUAUUUGUAGUGCUGUAUGUAGACUUCAUAUGGAUGGGCUUCAGAAACCUGAGGACGGUAAAUCAUGUCGACAAACAUUUUACCUCUAAAUUGGGUCCAGUGCCUAAGAUAUGAAGUAUGCUCUUCAAGUAUAAUAGCUCAGAACUUCUCAUCUUUGUAAAAUAAAAAAAUAAAAUGCAGAUUUAAAAAAAAUACUUCUUUUUUUCCUGUUGGUGACCAGUUGGUGUGAUAAAAAUGAUAACUGCAAUUACCAGCAGCUCACUUUGUUUUCAGUGAACAUGUCAUGCUUCUCUUGUAGAUGUAAAUUUAGCCUGUUCAGCUGUUGCUUUUGAAUAGAUUGUAACAUGAAUAAGCAUUCUUUUAUCCAAAGCAGACUGAUUUAUUAAAAUUAUUGCCCUCCACAGCUCUGCUAGUACUGACUGUGUUGUAUUUUGUAAGGUUUACUGUGUUGCUUGUAAUGGGACAAAGCCAAUAUUUGGAGCUACAUUUUUUGAGGAGCACUUUUCUGCUUUAUGACCCUAUUUAUAGUAAAGAAAUUGUUGGUAAUUUUUUUUCUCAGAUUUCCAGCAAAAUGUGUGAAGUAAACAGUGUUGCUUCAAACCUGUAUUGUAUGUAGCCCACAAAGAAUGAUAUGUAAAUACUGUUGCAUGCUCUGUUUGUUUGGUCCACUGUUGUAUGAAAUACUACGAGUCUUUUUUUCAAAAGGAAAGUAUUUCCCCAGAAAUCACAUAUAUGGGAUAAUUUAUACUGACUUUGCCACCAACCACCAUUUUCCAAAUUUCUGUACCCUCCUUCAUCUUACUGUACACCAGAAUUAUUUUAUGCAGCUUAGAAAGGUAAAUUUCUCUUAAAUCUUACAGUUUAAGUCACAGUGAAAAGUCUUGAGUCCUUGACAUUAGUAUGAUGUGUUUGGAGCAUCUAGAUUGACAGAAGGGAUUGCUGAAGAAUUACUAAUGCUUUGGUUAUGUGCACUUUAAUCUCCAUUUUUGAUGAUAUUACUUGGAGAAAGAAAGCAUUCAUUUGCUUUAAAUGAUCACAGCAAAUAAGUAUUUUUGUUGUAACGUGUAAAUGUUCUACCCCUAUAUUAAUUAUCUCUUCUAGUGCAGGGUGGUAACUACUUUCCAAAUGCCAAAUCAAUUUCUGCUGAGUGAUGCUUUUCUACAGUUGUAUGACAUUAUUAAUCAAAUGUACAUAAAGUAUUAAUUGACAUAUUGGCUUUUAACAAUAUAAAAUGUAUACAGUGGUUUGAUAAACUUUUUGUAAUAAAAUAUUCUUAUUUUUUAACUUGGUAUGUAAAUAAAUAAUCUGUAGUAGUG